AGCGGCAGUUAAGCUGCAGUGGGACUUCUGUAAAUAAUUAAGACCUCUUAACAACGGCUCAUAUCUAAAAUCAUUAUCGUAAGAAAAAGACAACAGAAAUAGCAAGGUUAAGUUCCAUUAUACUGCCGUCAAGCCAAAGAAUUUUGUGGAGAAUACUAAGAAAUUCAACACUCCACGAAUCAAAACGAAAAUAAGCACCGCGAUAAACAAAAAAGUCUACAACAAUGACUGACGUCAUCUCGAAAGUUCUUAUCAUUUUGAGCCUGCAUGUGGUCAGCGGUCAAGUAAUAGAGGAAAUUAGCGGCCGAAAUUCUGAGGAUUACCGGACCAACCUCUUUCGAGCUUACCCAGAUCAUAGCUUGGAGGGUUCUGUUUUGGCUGCGGCACAAGCAUCCUCCCCCAUAGAUUGCGCAGCUCUUUGUACUUCGAGAGGCCCAGAAUGCAAGUCUUACAAUUACGCACAUGCGCAUAGACUUUGCGAGAUCAACAGCGGGAACAAGACGGAGAAUGCUGAGAUGUUUGUGAUCAAAAAAGGAUUCACCCACUAUGAGGAAGAGCCAGUGAAGUCACCUGCGGAGUACAUCGCUAACUUCACCACCCUUGGCGCUGGAGGUCGAACUGGUCCAACUUCAUUUGGUGACCACUACAAGGGCCAAUCGCAUGCUGAUCACGUGACACUGGUCAGCGGUAUCCAGCACUGGACAGUGCCUCACUCCGGUGCAUAUAGAAUUGAGGCGGUUGGGGCCAGCGGUGGAUACGACACUACGGACAAUGCUAAAGCAUACCGUGGUAGGGGAGCCAAAAUGGCGGGGACGUUCACCCUGAAUAAAGGCGACAUUAUCAAGAUCCUUGUUGGUCAGGAAGGAGGCAUAAAUUCGGUAGCAAAAAGUACUGGAGGGGGUGGUGGGAGUUUUGUUGUCAAGGGUGAUACCCCGCUACUUGUUGCAGGAGGAGGGGGCGGAACUGAAUCUCCUUUGUCUAGACAUGCGCCCUGUGAUGCAAGCAAAACCACUAGCGGCAAUAGUGGUUAUGGUGGACUAGCCUGGCCGGGAGGGACUGGAGGAAACGGGGCUACCACUGCGGACAGCGAUAACUCUGGUGGAGGCGGUGGUGGUUACCUCACAGGCGGACGGAGCAGCACGGUGUUCGGUGGAGAAUACGGAACUGGGGGGGAGGGUGGGAAGGCAUUCGUGAAUGGUGGAGUUGGAGGGCGCUCGUAUACUAAUUCCAUAGUCGGGGGGUUUGGUGGUGGAGGGGGGGCGUAUGGUAACGGGGGAGGGGCAGCUGGGGGCGGGGGUUACUCAGGGGGUGCUAGUGGGGACAACAAUUAUGAUUCCUGUGGGGGUGGUGGAGGGUCCUAUAAUGCUGGUUCCGACAAGCAAGAGGAAUGUUGUUAUAAUGAGGCCGGUCAUGGCCAUGUGUCGGUUUAUCUUAUAUCAAUAUUUGGGUGACCUUCAUACCCACUCGGGCGACCUCUUGGAGAUCUGGGUCUAAGGGCUUUUCAAGAUCAGUGGGAAAAUGAUUUGACCAAGCAAUCAAGUUUUUCUAACACAUAGACGCGAGUCUAGAAUUGACAGGGAUCAGCAUUUUUCACCAUGUUUUCUGGAGAUCCGGGAGCGGGAAAAACUAUGGAAAAGUAUGUGGGGAAUAUGUUUGAUAUGCUUAUAAUAAAAGUAGUAAUUCUUUCUGUUAUUUAGUGAUACUCACUGUCAAUUAGUUGUGAGAAGUUGGUGUUUAAUAAAUUAAUCGAAGUGUGAAACCAUCUAAUUCAUUUUUUAAAAUGAGAGAAGAUGUUUUAUAUUUUGAUCUAGAGAAGCGGGAUUGCUUUUCUCUAACAAUUACCGGUCAACUUUCUAAUCGUGUAAAGUUUGAAUUUCUGAAACAUGUAUUCUUCUAGAAACUCAGACUGAUGUGGGUGAGGGGGGAGGGGAAGGGGUAUUUGCUUCCCUUUAUCUGCUAUUGUAUAUCGUUAUGCCCUCACUUGUGAAUAAAAUGUUCUUAAGUUA